AUGGCUACGAGUGACAAGGCUCGCUUCUACCUGGAGCAGAUUGUCCCUGAGCUCCGCGAGUUCAAGCAGAAGAAGAUAUUCACUGAGGAGGAAAUAAGUUCUAUAACGAAGAAGAGAUCCGACUUUGAGCACAGGAUAAACGCCCGCGGUCCGUCUCCGGCAGACUACGCCCGCUAUGCAGAGUACGAGAUGAACCUCGAUGCGCUGCGCAAGAAGAGAAUCAAGCGACUGGGUAUCAAGGCGCCGACACAUACUGGACAGCGACGAGUCUUCUUUAUCCUCGAUAGGGCGACGAGGAAGUUCCACGGUGACGUGAGCCUAUGGCAGCAAUACAUCGAGUACGCCCGCAAGCAAAAGGCAUACAAAAAGCUAGCCCAGAUAUUCACAAAUGCGCUACGGCUGCACCCGCGGGAGGUGGAUCUAUGGAUCUACGCUGCCCAACACUCCCUGCAGGACCAUGGGGAUAUGCUACAGGCAAGGGGGUAUAUGCAAAGGGGGCUACGGUUCUGUCAAUCUUCUCGCCAACUAUGGCUCCAGUAUGCGAAGCUGGAGAUGAUCUACAUAGCGAAGAUAGGUGCACGGCAGCGGAUACUAGGGCUGGGGAAGGUAGAGGAGAGACCUGUUAUUGAUGAACAAAAUAAUGAUGAGGGUGCAGAUAUGAUGAUGCUGCCUCGUUUGACAGGGGAGGAUAUCAACCCUACACUCGAAGGCGACGAGCCGAACCAGGCGUCACUAGAGACCCUCAAUGCCACUCCAGCGCUGUCAGGGGCUAUCCCUAUUGCCGUGUUUGAUGCGGCCAUGAACCAGUUUGACAACGAUGUCGAGCUUGCGUACAACUUUUACAACAUGUUGCUUGAGUUCGAAGAGUGUACCUGUCUGCGGCGAGUGCUCGGUCAUGUCGUUGACUCGCUCAUAACAGCCCAUCCGGCUAACGCCAAAGCUCAGGAGUGCCAUAUCAAGUACCCCGUAGCAGGCAUAAGUCCGUCUUCCCCCGAGUUCCCACGGGCAUUCUCAAAUUCUCUUAGCCGGUUGAAGAAGUAUAUGAGCGAUGACAGUCCGGUCCUGGCCCAGCUGGCACCGCAGGUUACCGCCUGGCUUCAGCGUCUGCUUGAGACCGAAGACCUCGACCCGGCGCUGCAGAAGGUGAUACAGGUGACGUUGAAGAGCGCAAGUCGGCAGAUGGAGCGUUGCGGGAUAUCAUCGUCAUAG